UGAUCACUUGUGUUCGACGGCCAUUUUGGAAAUUGGAAGAGACCUUUUCUUUUCGCUUUUCGGUUCGAUAGCACAGCUGUCAAGAUGCCUUCCGUAACAUUGAAAGAUGUUGAUCAACAAGAAUUUGUCAAGGCUUUCGCCAGUUUCCUGAAAAAAUCAGGAAAGAUGCGAGUGCCUGAGGCGAUGUCAAUCGUGAAAUCCGCACCGUACAAGGAACUCUCGCCCUACGAUCCCGAUUGGUUCGAGAUUCGCUGUGCCGCUUUGGUGCGACACAUUUACAUCCGCAGUCCAGUUGGUGUCGGUGCCGUGAGAAAAAUUUUCGGUGGUCGCAAACGCAACGGAACACACCCAAGUCACUUUGCCCGAUCCGGAGGUGGUGUUGCAAGAAAAGCUCUUCAGGCUCUGGAGGGCAUGAAACUGAUUGAAAAAGCUCCUUCCGGUUCCGGUCGCGUCCUCACGAGCCAAGGUCGCCGAGAUCUCGACAGAAUCGCCGCUCAGGUCAAGGCCAAGAGCAAGAAACAAAUGAAACUCCAGGAGACACUUGUCCUUUAAGUUUUGUAUUUCACUAAUAAAUAUGGUAAAACCCUA